AUGGUUAAAUUGAUAAAUUUUGAUACUCAUGUGAAUGAAAAACCUAAACGAAGAUUGAAUGAUUUUUUGGACGAAGACUACAGAAUGUUGUCUUGGGUUGAUAAAGGUUCUGAAUAUUACAACAAAGACGUGAAAGAUUUGAUGAAAUCUCACGGAAUUAAGUUGUAUUCGACUGAAAAUGAAGAGAAGUCUUCCAUUGUUGAAAGAUACAACAAUACUAAACGUGGGAGUAUUGGCACGACACCUGUUGAAGCAUCAAAGAAAAAGAAUGAGAGUGCUGUUUAUCUAAAAUUGUAUGGAGAGAGUGAGCCACGCAUGGCCACACCAAAAUUUCAAGUUGGUGAUCAAGAUCGUAUAUACAAGAGAAAAGUCUUUGACAAAGGUUAUACACCGAAUUGCACUGAAGAGAUUUUUGUGGUUAAUAAGAUUCAAUACACCAACCCAAUAACUUAUAAACUAAAAGACUUUGGUGGUGAAGAGAUUGAAGGUUCUUUCUAUGAAAAAGAGAUGUUGAAGGCCACUCAAGACAUUUUCCGUGUUGAUAAAGUGAUUCCACGGAAUGGUAAAACUGGUAAAGCGUUAGUAAAGUGGAAUGGUUAUCCAGAAAAAUUCAAUUCAUGGAUUGAUCUUAAAGAUUUAGAAAAUUUAAACUAA